AUGGCCACCUGCACGUUUGCACCGGCUGCUCCCUGCAGCUCGGCCCCGUUCCAGCCCUCUUCCGACAGCAAGAUCCAUCGCUGUGACUGCCCCGCUGCCCAUCACUCAUCCUGCCUCCCUGGGGCACUGGCCCUAAAGGUCACCGGUACGAGGGAUGGCAGCAGCGAAACCGCGCUUGACGUGCUGUGUUCUUCUCUAGUUGAUGCGGGCCACCGAGCUGUCAUCUUUGACCGAUUCCGCGGGGUCCAGGACACGGUGGUAGGAGAAGGUACCCACUUCCUCAUCCCCUGGGUGCAGAAACCCAUCAUUUUUGACUGCCGCUCUCGCCCUCGUAACAUUCCUGUGAUCACUGGCAGCAAAGAUCUACAGAACGUGAACAUCACGUUGCGUAUCCUGUUUAGACCAGUAACUGCCCAGUUACCACGGAUUUUCACCAGUAUUGGAGAGGACUACGAUGAGCGUGUCCUGCCCUCUAUCACAACCGAAAUCCUCAAGUCUGUUGUGGCUCGCUUUGAUGCUGGGGAAUUGAUCACUCAGAGAGAGCUGGUCUCAAGGCAAGUGAGUGAAGACCUGACGGAGAGAGCAGCAACCUUUGGGCUCAUUCUGGAUGAUGUGUCCUUGACCCAUCUGACCUUCGGCAAGGAGUUCACGGAGGCGGUCGAAAUGAAGCAAGUGGCCCAGCAAGAAGCAGAGAGAGCCAGAUUCAUUGUGGAAAAGGCUGAACAGCAGAAGAAAGCAGCUGUCAUAUCUGCUGAAGGAGACUCGAAAGCAGCUGAGCUGAUUGCCAACUCACUGGCCACUGCAGGCGAUGGCUUGAUUGAGCUGCGCAAGCUGGAGGCAGCUGAAGACAUCGCUUACCAGCUCUCACGGUCCCGCAACAUCACCUAUCUGCCCUCUGGACAGUCUGUGCUCCUCCAGCUGCCGCAGUGAACCUGGCUCUGCAGCCAUAGCUAACCUGGUCACCUCUACCUACCAGAUCAGCCCUUUCCAAAAGAAUCUUUGCAAUUUUCUCACUGGUAAAAGCAGAGGAAAUUAAAAUUCAACCCAUUUUGAAUUCUUAAUCAAAUAAAACUGAACGCUCUUGACAACAAA